UUACUUCUUGAUGGAAACUGUUAAAUCUUGAGGGUCGUGAUAAGACAUGCUUGAGACCAGGUAAUGUAUCUUGCGCUGCAAUUCUUCCUACUCCUUCGCUCUUUCAUUCUCUUUGUCGCAAACUGUACAGGAGCGGAUCUCAAUACCCUCCAAUACCUGCAGGUUCCCCUUCUCUGCGCCCAUGGAUGCUUCACCAUCAGCCCUCAUUCGACUGCUUCUUCCUCGCAUACCACUCAUCCUUAAGACUGCUCUUCUCAACAUCCUGUCGCUAUCCGAAAAUUCGUCGAGACAAGAUGCAAGGACUGAGAUUACUGUUGCGCUCAUACGGUCCAUUACGCAGGUUAGAAAACCAAUGCGAUUCCUGCAGAGGGUCUCAACUCGAGACCCUGGCAUAAAGGGUCCAGUGCUGGUCUCGAAGGACACAAUUCCAGCUCCAAUUGACCACACUAUAAGAGAUGCUCUUGACACAGCUAUCAGGGAGCUUGGGGAUGGUUCGGAAACAUACACCCUUCCCGAAAUUGUGGCUGUCGAGACAGAAUGGAUCACAUAUAAGGCCGGGGUACCGGCCAACGAACCUAGAGCUGAUGUGACGGAGAGGGGCCACUAUCAGACCAUCAUGGAGAAUAUUUCCUCGCCGACAACUAUCUUAUAUUUCCAUGGAGGUGCCUAUUUUCUCAUGGACCCGGCCACUCAUCGGACUACUACUUCUCGACUCGCAAAGUUGACUGGUGGACGUUGUUAUUCCGUUCGGUAUCGUUUGGCACCGCAGCACCCAUUCCCCUCGCAGCUUCUUGACGCUUUCAUUGCAUAUCUUUCAUUACUCUCGCCUCCUCAGGGAAUGCAUCACGAACCUGUCUCUGCCCGGCAUAUCGUCUUCGCAGGCGAUUCAGCCGGGGGCAACCUUGCAAUUGCACUGAUGCUAUUACUUUUGACGUUGAAGAGGAAGGGUAUUCAAAGUAUCAACUUUCACGGCGCUGAAGUUUCUAUAGAGUUACCAGGAGGCGUCGCCAUCAACUCUCCAUGGGUUGACAUUGGACUCGCUCUACCCUCGUUGCAACGCAAUGCCCACUUCGACUACCUUGAUCCGCCAAGUGCCGUCGGUUUGUCCAAGACAGAGCCACUUCCAGAUGACCUAUGGCCUACAAGUCCUCCGCGUGCAGAAAUCUUCUGCAAUGCUUCCAUGAUGAUGCACCCUCUAGCCUCUCCGUUGGCUGCUCCUCCAAAGCUUUGGGAGGGAAUGCCACCAAUCUUCAUGUGUCUAGGCAAUGAGAGCCUCGAAGAUGAGAUCACCUUGAUGGCACGCAAAAUGCAUCAAGGUGGCGGGAUUGUGGACUUUGCGGGUUUUGAAGGCAUGCCUCAUUGUUUUGCCAUGGUCUUCCCCGCAUCGCCUAUGGCAAGAGAUUGCUUCGAGCGCUGGGCAAAAUUUUGCUCAAAUACCACUCAAGGCGAAAGGCGAAAGUCAAGUAGAGCUUGCUGGGCGAAAGCAUUUUCCAAUCCACCGGAACACGAAGACGUGGAACUGGACCAGAUCAGUCAGAUUAGCGACGAAGAGGCAUUCAAGUUCAUGAAGAAAAGACAAGAGCAAUCCAUGAAUCGAGAGCAAGAAGCUGUAACUAAAUGGCAAGAACAACAAUCAAGAGCGAAAUUAUGAGCUGCCAUCUGCAACAACAGUAUGGGAUCAACGCGCAGUUGUCAGCAUCGAACAAAUCAUGGCGCCGUCUCGCUCCUUGUCUGUCCCUAAUGCCCUCACAAUUUGGGCUUGCUCGCAGGAUCAAUCCGCGGCCUAGAGCCAGUAUCGACCUCGCUAUACCACGGGUAGAACGGAGGUCCAUCCCUUUCCAGGGUAGCCGCGAAUCUUGGCUCACGCUUCUCAAGGAAACUCUUCACACCUUCUUGACAAUCCCUACACUCUCAUCAGCCAGGGCCUGUUCAUGGAAGGGGACACAUACCUGUUCGCAAACAUAUGAUAAAGUACGGCACUGUCAAGAAGAUGUGUUUCCUCAGCCGUGGAUUUACCUCUCCACAUCAAUUCUCGAUUCAGAAAGCUGGCCAUGAUACUUGUCUUGUCAGCAAUGUUUGUUGCCAAUUGCAACCCUCUCUUAAGCACAUCUUCUUGUCUUUCAAUGACCUCUUGAAACAAGCCGCCAAAAUGCUUCGAGUCUCCUCGAUAGACGUCACCUGUGGUCAAAAGGUAUACGGCGUUGGAGUACCCAAUGAGCCUGGGCAAGAAGAAUGAGCUGUUCGAUUCCAUGGUGAUGCCUCGCCUUGCAAACACAAAGCCGUACUUCGAUGAGGCAUGAGCGAUCCUUAUUGCCGCGGAAAGACCCAUUGUCAUGCCGAGACCCACAGCAGGACCAUUCAUGGCCAUGAUUGUUGGCUUGCGACAGCGGUAUAUGCACAGAUUCAAGCGGCCGCCUCUGUACAAGCAUCAGCAUAUACUCCGUUUCCAUUGUGUGGGUAUCAGUACGGAUCACGCUUGUCAGUCAAUCUCUCAUUAGCACCAUCACUUGGAAAUCCGAUAUCAAGGUCUGCUCCAGCACAGAACAUCUUCCCUGCCCCGGUGAUAACGACGACUUUGACUCGUUCAUCGAGAUCUAGCAUUGGGUAGACAAGCUCGAAGUCCUGCACCAUUUGAAAGGUGAAUGCAUUGCCUUGUUUGGGGCGGUUGAGUGUGAUGACUAUUAUCGGUGUAGCUUCACUAGCAUUUUCAGGAUAAUGGGACACCUUGAUGUCCUUGACCGGUAGGUUGGUGUAAUCUCGUGGUAUCCGUACUUGAACUGGGUCGGGAAGCAUGACUGAUUUCUUCGAGCCGUAACAAGAGGACUGUGGUAUUUAGAGACGUUCAGGUAACUUGGAAACGAUAGCAAGACUUGGAAUGGAAGAGGUCUGAUAUAGCAGCAUAUAACAAUGUAACUGCAGCUCGUAACCGUGUAAGGCCUCGGAACUGAAUAAAUGAUUUGUGAUCCUUCCACGCAAAUGAGACUGAUGCUGUGAUUUUACCUCGGG